GCGCCUCAGUGAGUGUGCGGCGCUCGGACUCGACCAAACACACACACACACACACACACGUAGUAGUGAUACUAGCUAGCAGUGAUACUAUCGGACAAUGUUAUAAUUGAACUACACCUUUAUUCAAUAGCAUGGCGGGCGCGAGCGCGCUGGGCGGCGCGGGCGCGGUGCUGGCGGCGGAGGUGUGCGCGCCGCUGCUGCUGCUCUGCUGGCUCUGCUGCUGGCCGGAUGACGCCUCGGACACGAGCUCCGGCAAGCAUCCUCAAAAACCUGUGAUAACGAGUGAAUCAGGUUCGCACCGCCGCUCGAACGAGCUAUUUGGCCGAAGAUUUGGGAGCAGUGCUGUCUCUCUGCACCUGCCUAGCACUUCUGGAAGCACAAAACAAUCACUAUCAGCGCAUAAAAGUCACGAAGACAUUCGCAGUCGUCGCAAAUCACAGCUGGAAGCAGCUGAAAACGAUGCGCGCUACCACUCCGCACCCAGCGUCAUCGACGAAGUCCUGCACAGGAGAGACUGGGAACGAUCCACCAAGGAACUGUACAUACCUCUCAAACCAGAUGGUGAUAGCGUGUCAUUCACAAAAACCACAAGUCCUGACACUGAUGAACAUGAACAGCUUAGCGACGAAAAAAUUGUGUCAAGGUCUUGCAAGAAACAUUACACUAAUAUUAAAUCGUCAAGAAAGAAGAACGCAGAAGCAUCUGAUGAUAUUAAAGAUUAUGACGCCACGGAAGCCGAAUCAUCAUUUUACAUCGGAGAUAAUGUGCCAACUGUAGUGGCUGACGAUGGUAAUGAUAAACCCCAAGUAUUUAAACCGAAGGAAACGAAGCAAUCUCUAAACGAAUCUAUUAGGAGUAAGGAAAGAAUGAAGCAAACGUUAGUGCCGGUGGAAGAAUUCAAGGUGUCACGGUUUGAAGAAGCUGUUAUCGAAGUAGACAGAUCGGGAGCAAUGCACCACAGUGUAGAGUCACGGUCCAGUCUGUAUGAUUCACAUGGUAUGCCUGUGCCGCCGCCUUCUGUAGAAGCGAUAGGCUACGAGUCGGACGCGUCGUACCUGGAGGAAGAGGGGUGGGCACGGGCGGGCGCGCCGGCGCCGAGCGCGUGGGGCGCUGGCUUCGUGCGCGCGCGCCACGCCAGCGCGGGCGACGUGCUCGCUCCUGUUAUUAGACCGCAGUCUGGCGCGCUUUCUGAAAGUGAUCUAGACUUCGACUUGGAAGCGUGUGACGAGGUGCCGCCCGCCUACCACGAGGUGCGACUCACCAUGGACCGAAAGGAAACAGCCAUAUAAUUCAAACAUAAAUAUAAUCCUCAAAUUAAUCACUAAACCACAACCACCAAACCAAAUAUAAUAUUAGUUCUGUCGAAUAAGAAUUUCUAAUGUGGGAGUCGAAAUCGGGGCGAACCACCAGCUCACUUGCCUGCUAUGACAUAAAAAAGAACACAUAGGGUUGUCAAUUUCAUUAAAAAGUUCUUAUAUAUAAGUGCUUAAAUAUUGAAAAAUUCAAUGACUUGCUAGUUCAUAUUGCUUAUUUUUAAAUAGUAAGAAACACAAAGGCGCAGGGAUCGGAAUGCUCAUACAUUUUCAUGUUUUGACAUGAAAACAGUUUUUGAAGUGACGAAGUGACAGUGUACACGCCUUCUGUAUAUAUAUUAAGCUGCGUUUUUAUAUUAUUGUUGGCAACCCUAUCGUUAUAACAGACUUAAAUGUGCAUUUAUAUGAUAUACAUAAUUCAUUAUUUAGGAAAUGAUAAUUCUUUACCGCUCAAUGAAUGGUAUUUAGUCUAUUUUAUUGUAAGCGUGAUUUGUCUAGUCUUUAUUCAAUAAACUAUUGUAGUUCGAGUUUAAAAUUAUCCGUAUUUAAUUAUAUAUAUUUAAUUACG